GCCAGAGUCCGAUGGCGGCGGCGGCGGCGCUGAGGGACCCGCCUCAGGGUGGUGUGACCUUUGAGGACGUUGCCCUGUCCUUUAGCUGGAAGGAAUGGAAGCUCCUUGAUGCAGCUCAGAGACGCCUGUACCAUGAUGUGAUGCUGGAGAACUAUGCACUUAUAUCCUCACUGGCCUCCUGUGUUGUUUUGUGGUUGGCAUUAUGUGGUGUCAGAAGCAGGAUACCGGAUGCAGACCUGCACAGGCCCUCACUGACUCUGACACUGCCUUGGAUUCAAGUCAGGUGCCUAGAAGAGCCCGUUGAGCUUUUCAUCUCCUUGGAGAUCCCAGAUCUUGGUGCUUUAGGACUCAGAUGUCUUUCUCAAGAACCUGGGACCCGUCUCCUCACACUGCAGGCAGGGAGAUAGCUCACCAGGCAGUUCUGGUGGGAGGAUAGGAGUCUCAUCUUAGUGGGUGCUUGCUCCAGCUUUAAAAACCACCUUCAGUUACAGAGAUGAGAAGUCUGUGUCUCCUCUAGAUGAAACCAAUGAACUACACAGUCACCCCAUUACCAGGUAAAAUUAGGGCUCUGUGUGACAAACGGUACUGUCAGCUCCUCUUUCUUGAGGACUAGGGGAGUUAGAUUUUUUUUCCUGUCUUUACA